UUGUAGCCCAAUCAGCCACAUUCUUUUCGUCGCUGCAUCUAACCGGGCUGUUUCCUUUAUAACCUCGACAUUUGAGUACGAGCCUUUAGAGUCCUCCCAUAACUUUUCAAUAUUUCAAUCAACUCAGUCUAGCGGUACUCAACAGCCCUCUUAUUUAUUUUUAAAAUAAUCGAAUGUCAAAUUUCGAAAAACACGAUUAAAAAUCACGUCAGCAAAUUUACUUUAUUUUUAAUUUCUUUUUAGUAUUUUAUUUUCCUAAAAUAUGGUGAUUGAUGCGAAUAAAGAUGCAGCCAAAGAAUGUGUUCUACGUGCCAAAGAAGCUAUGAAGAAUAAUGAUAUGCCUAGAAUGCAAAAGCUUUUGAGAAAAGCCAAACAACUGGAUCCAAGUUGCGAUGUUAGCUCAAUUCUGAGAAAUGGCCAAGUUUUUAACAAUUGUUCUUCAAAUUCACAACAAGACGAAGAAAACGACGACAACAGUUAUUCUCAUGACGAUCAGUACAACUCGUUUGAUGAGGCAGAAGCUUUGAGAAAUAGAAAGGCAAAAGCAAAGAGUGACUCACCCGGACCGAGUCACACAGGAAAAAGACCAACUCGUUCACCCAAUCGAAAUUCGUCCUUUAAAGAAGCUCAAAGAACAAAAUCACGUUCCAAAAGUUCCUCGAGAAAUGCUUCAAAUAAUGUUAAUUAUACAACAGAAGAAGCUUCACAUGUUGAUAGAAUACGGCAUUGCAAAGAUUAUUAUGAAAUACUUCAAAUAAGUAGUGUAGAAUUUAGUGAAACUUUGCUCAAGAAAAAAUACAAGGAAUUAGCGCUAAAAUUACACCCAGACAAAUGUAAAGCACCUGGUGCUACUGAGGCUUUUAAAGCCCUUGGUAAUGCUUACGCUGUCCUUUCCGACUCAAAAAAGAGAGAAGACUACGAUCGCUUUGGAUCGGAGGAUCAGGGGAUUACACAUAGAAAUCACCGACAUCACCACCGUCAUCACCAUUCAGAAUUUUACGAAUUUGAUGUUAAUCGAGGAUUUGAAGCUGAAAUGUCACCAGAGGAUAUAUUUGAAAUGUUUUUUGGAGGUGCAUUUUCAAACACGACAAUGAAUAGACGCAGAACCCAAUUUCAUUUUAGACAAAAUUAUGGGCAGCAGCAAGAAGAACCUUCUCUCCUUCACCAGUUGCUUCAAAUCUUGCCAAUCCUUGUUAUUCUUAUUGGUGGCCUUCUUGUCCAAUUCUUUUCCAGUGAACCCCCAUACUCUUUAAAUCGUGACAGCACCUACAUUGUACAGCGUUUUACUAGAGACUUACAAGUUCCCUACUUUGUGAAACAAGAUUUUGAGCAAAAAUACCGAGAACAGGCCCAGGUCCAACAUGUCGAAAACAAUGUUGAAAAAGACUAUAUAUCAGUGCUUCGAAACAGAUGCCAACAGGAAAAGAUCAAUCGUGAGAGUCUCUUGUGGACAGCCAAGAUUCGUGGCGAUGCAUCUUUGUGGAAGCGUGCACAAGAAAUGGAAUUAGUUUAUUGUCAGAAAUUGGAAGAGCUGUAUCAUUAA